UUUAAGAGUUAACAGCUGUUCACAUUGAGGCUAGUACAGAAACACCGAACACUCGCAUGGAUAUUUUUCUCUUGCGGUGUUCAUUAUAACGCGCGCGCGCGCGUGUGUGUGUUGGCAGGAGGUGCAUCCGGUGCACCGGGAGGCAGUUCCUGAUCCCGCGUGAGCAAUUGGCUGCAAGUGAACUUUGCGACGCGUGUUUGUCCAAGCGCUUCGGUCACGCACGCCACGCACUUGAGAUGUCUCGUGCACAUAGGAAUAACUGGUACGCUCGCGACCUCACUAAUCACGGACGAGGUUGAAGAUUCAAGAGAUCAUCCGUACACGCAAACGCACGUUGUCAAACAGGUCGGGACGCGUCAGGUACUGCCAGAGAGCGAGGGAAAUUCACGGUAACCGGAGAGAUGACGGAGAAACGGAUGUCGCGGUGGUAUUUCGGUGGCCUCGCGUCAUGCGGAGCCGCCUGCUGCACGCACCCGCUGGACCUGGUCAAGGUGCACCUGCAGACGCAGCAGGAAGUGAAGAUGAGGAUGGUUGGCAUGGCGAUGCACGUGGUCAAGAACGACGGCGUGUUGGCGCUUUACAACGGCCUCAGUGCCUCCCUCUGCAGACAGAUGUCGUAUUCUCUCACUCGGUUCGCCAUCUAUGAAACAGUCAGAGAUAUGAUGGGCAGUGGCGGUCAGGGGCCGAUGCCUUUCUAUCAGAAAGUUUUGCUGGGAGCGUUUGGAGGGUUCACGGGGGGUUUCAUCGGGACUCCUGCAGAUAUGGUUAAUGUCCGGAUGCAGAACGAUGUGAAACUGCCUCCAGAGCAGCGGAGAAACUAUAAACACGCGCUGGAUGGACUCUUCAGAGUCUGGAGGGAGGAGGGCACGAGGAAGUUGUUCUCAGGAGCCACUAUGGCGUCUAGCAGAGGAGCUCUGGUCACUGUUGGACAGUUGGCAUGUUAUGACCAGGCGAAGCAGCUGGUGUUGGGAACUGGACUCAUGGGAGAUAACAUUCUCACCCACUUCCUGUCCAGCUUCAUUGCUGGAGGUUGUGCAACAUUCCUCUGUCAGCCGCUGGAUGUGUUAAAGACGCGCUUAAUGAACUCUAAAGGAGAAUACAGAGGUGUGAUGCACUGCCUGACUGAAACUGCCAAACUUGGACCACUGGCCUUUUACAAGGGUUUAGUUCCGGCUGGGAUCCGAUUGAUUCCUCACACAAUCCUGACGUUUGUCUUCCUGGAGCAGCUGAAGAAAUACUUUGGCAUCAGAGUGAUCAGCUAAACUUGGACCUCUUGACCUUCUCCUGUUGGCCACCUACUCUUGAGUACAAUGACAACAACAACAUACCUGGACACCCUCUGUGUUUCAUUUUCACACACUACACAGUGACAAAGCCAUCUCUCUUACCACACACACACACACACACACACACACACACACACGUUUACAUGGUUAUCUAUAUGAGGACAUAUACUUCUAUUGUUUUAAUACAAAUCCAAAACAGCUGGCGUGACUCUAGGAAUAUUUCCAUAGCAUGCACCUGUAAAGGAGGAGGUGACAUCCAUCCAGCAGAGAGGAGCGCUGGAGCUAUGAAGAAGUAAUCGUGGGACAAUAGGACUUACUAAACUGUAUCUACUAAUAUCUAUCGAUGGCCUUACGCUCAUCUUUUCACGACAUUAGAUAAUAGACGAUUUUUAGAUUAUAAAUGAAUGUAUGUUGAUAAAAAAAAAAAAACCUGUUCUCAGAUCAUUCUAUUACAAUGUGACAAGAGGUUUAAAACAAUAGUCCACCCAAUAAUAAUGAAACCGCUGCAACCAUUUACUCACCCUCAUGUCAUUCCAAAUCUGAAUGACUGACUUCUGUGGAAAAUAUAAAGAAAUGUUAGCUGAAUGUUCAUGCUGCUUUUUCUCAUACAAUGAAAUUGAAUUCAGCUCCAAUAAAUAAAAAUAAUUGUCCGAAGUACGUGCACAUGUGAGAAACAGACCAAGUCGUUAAUCACCAAAAAUCCUCCUCUAAUUCAUAUUUGCAUUUCUGCAGAGAUUCAUCAAAAUAUUUUAUCUUUAUCAAAUAUUUAAUUUAGUAAAUGGCAGAAUUUUUGUUUUUUUUUGGGUGAACUAUUCAUUUAUAUGGUCGUCACGAAGCUUGUCAAUUUAGAUUUUUUUUUUUUUUUUUUCUGGCAGUUUUUAUUAAGUAUGUUUCAUGGUAGUCAACUGGUAGGUAGCUGAGCAGUGUGUAAACCUCACUCCCCUGGCCUCAAGAUGCGCACUAGUGACUGACGCUAGAGGCUGUAGCCUUAAGCCUCCUCGUUAGCGUGCUUGAAUCCCAUGCCGGAGACCCCGGUUCGAAUCCCGCUUGGAGUGGGUCGAGUAGGACCGGUUACAUAUGGUUCAAUCUGUAUGUACUGUGUUCAAAUUUAAUAAUGGUACAUUUUCAUAAUUAUGUGUUUUCAAAAAUCUGUAUUUGACAGUUUAUACAUCUCUUGUUGGGUUAAAACGAGGGUGAAAGACAACAUUUAAAAGGACAGCAUUUAUAAACAAAAAUGUGCCGCAUCAAAGAGGAAAAGAAAAUAGGAAACAAGUAACUGCAUGUAAAUGAUGUCCAGGGCUAAAUAUUUGGACACUGAUGGAGAGCAAGUGGUGUGUUAGCUAUGUGACUGAUUUCUAAAAUAAUUUUAUUUCUGUUUAUUAUAUUUCUGCUGGGAAACUUGUGAACCUGCCUCAUCUGUUACUGUAAUUCCAACAAAUGUGCAUGUAGUUGUUUCAGUAACAAGGUGACAAAGUUUAGUGAAUUAAUUUGCACUAAUUACUUAAAGUAACUCAUGGUCCUGUAUAACUGGCCUCAAUUUAGUUUUGUACUUAAAUUAUGCAUGUGAUUAAAUAUUCAAAAUAUAGCUAACUUUAGAUUAACUUGGUAAAUUACCAUAUUGGUAUAUUCCAGUUGGGCACACGUAAAACAGCGGCUGUUUGAGGGUUUUACACUUUAAACUUGAAUUAUUAUUUUGUCACUGGAGAUGAAAUGCCUUAUCUAAUGCUGUUUAGCAGAGGGUGCGGUGUCAUGCAAAUGUGUGUCAGUGAGUGAAUGAAGGUGACCUGCUUGUAUGCUAGUGAAUUUGUUUAUCUGGGUACAAAAACAAAAUUGUCUACAAAUGUAUUUGUAAUGCAGUUUUUUUUUUUUUAUUUUAUUUUUUUUUUUUUUUUUUUUAAUAUAUAUAUAGAAUUUGCUGCUCCUGCCAUCUCAAAACUAAAAAUUUAAAUAUGCAAACUGAAAGAAAGCUGGAACUGGUCUGAACUGCAAUCUCUGCUGUCACAUACAAAAUGUAAUUUGUUUAAAAUAAAAUGUAUGGAAAUAAAAGUACUAACAUAAAAAAAAUAAAAUAAAAACAUC